AUGAUCAAUAAUAUGGGCAACGAUCAAGAAAGUCAUGAGUUUUGGUCCACACUUCUCCAGUUCCUUACUGAUUCCGACCCUAAAGAUGACCUCAAUAGCCCGAAACUGGUGAUGUCUACAUCAAUGGCUAUAGAUAUUUCGCCUGAGCCUUCAAAUGCUCUUGGAGGUGGAGAUAAGCCUAGACCGGGUAAAGAUGUAGACGAACUUGGAGACAAGAACAUUAAUGAGGAUAGGAUGAGAUUUACUGGAAAACAGACAGAGAAGGCAAAGGAAGAAGGUGAGAAAGAAGAAAUGAAGAAUCUUAGUAAGAGACAACGUAAUGAAGCUCGUAAUAUAGUCGAAAAGAGAAGACGCACCGAUAUAAAAACAAAAAUUGAGAAUUUGGCGCAGUUGAUACCUAAUUGCAAAAAGGGAGACAUAGCCACGACACUUGAAUGUAUCGUCGAUAGCAUACGUUCGAUGAAGCUUUAUGUAGAAAGUACGGGUCCCAUGUUACCACUUGGGCUAAACAUGGAUUUUCCGGUACCAUGGUUCCCAUAUUAUAUGCAUCCCAACUUUAUGAUGCCGCCGCCACCGUUUAGUGGUUUUAUCCAAGGAGAAAUUAGCGGAAUUCAACAAUCAGCCGCAGCCGAAAAUGAAUAGUAUGCAUGGAAUCACCAAUCAGCCGGAAUCGUCCAAAUCUAUGUAAUCAAUUAAGAGUCGGUGGUGUUUAAGUAUGUUUGACUGGUUCUCUCAAGUUUGUUUGAUGCUAUAUAUGUUUAUUAUUUAGUGUUUUAAAACUAUUAUCCCAAGUUUUUAAGUCUGUGGCUCUUUUUUUUUGUUUAUUAUUCAGGAUUCAUGUUGUAACGUUAUAUACAAUAUUGUUCAUCGUAAACUCUUUUUCCAAAUAUAUUUAUAUGUUGGUUGUUUAAG